AUGGGGCAUGCCAUGCACACAAUCAGGAUGGAGGAAAAGAAAAAAUUCAGGGAAGAGGAAAUGAAAUCCAAACAGGACAUGAACAGAGACUCAAACUACCACCAGCAAGUGGAUGAGAUCAGCGGAAAAAUCAGGCUUCAGGGAAGCUUGUUAAACACGUACGUGUGUAGCAUUCUCAUCCGCACUGUGAUGGAGGUAGCUUUUAUCGUUGGACAAUACAUGCUGUAUGGAAUCUUUUUGGAGACUCUCUAUAUUUGUAAGAGGAAACCCUGUCCCCAUCCUGUGAACUGCUACGUAUCCAGGCCAACUGAGAAGAACGUAUUUAUCGUUUUCAUGUUAGCAGUGGCCAUACUCUCACUUCUGCUGAGCCUAGUUGAACUCUACUAUUUGUCAUGGAAGGCUCUUAAACAGAAAAUAACUAGGCCACCACCAAGUGGCCAAAAUGCCUUAAGGGUGGCCACCAUAGAGCCGGAGCACCGCUCCCAGAGCUGUACACCUCCGCCAGAUUUUAACCAAUGUCUAAGCACCGGCAAAGGCAAGUUUGGCACCCCCUUCAACAACACACUUGCAUCUCAACAAAACACGGUCAACUUUGCCACCGAGAGGGUCCAAACUGAAGAUGACAUCGGACAAGGACAGUUCAUCCACAUCAACUAUUCACAAAACGCUCCGGUGACCAACCACUCCGCGCCACACCACCUGCCUAACGGUUACUGCCAGAGCGGUCGGCGUUUGAGCAAGACAAGCCGCACUAGCAGCAAAGCCCGCUCAGAUGAUUUGGCAGUGUGA